CCACUUUGCAGAGUAGUCACCGACUGAAAAAAGUCGAAGAAGAGCACUUCCGGUGACAGUCGUCAACAUGGCGUUCAGUUUUGGCGGUGCCGGGACUAACACAGCCGCAGGAACAUCCGGGUUUUCAUUUGGUCAAUUUGGUGCCAAAACCACCGCUUCGACGACGUUUGGGUUUAACCCCACAGCGACCGCCACCACCGCCUCUUCAGGGUUUGGCACUCUGACAGCUCCUGCUUUUGGUGCGGCCACAACCACAGCUGCACCGGCCACAGGAUUUAGUUUUGGCGCCUCCAACACUGGAUUUGGGGGGCUUGGAGCUGGAGGCACCACAGCUGGUGGGUUUAGUUUUGGGGGGUUUGGUGUAAAUGCAAACCCAGCAGCAAUCAGCUUCAGUGUAGGUGGCUUUGGUACAGCAACCACAACUGGCUCUGUUUUCAAUUUUGGUAAUAGCCUGGCUAGCACAGGUGCGUUCGGUGGCUUCGGGACAACUACAACCGCUGCUGCACCAGGAUCCACUUUCAACUUUGCGUCGUCAAACACAACAGGAGGCCUGUUUGGUAACACGCAGAACAAAGCGUUUGGGUUCUCAUCCGGGCUUGGAGCUGGUACCACUACUGGAGCAACAGGCUUUGGAACUGGAUUAGGAACAACCAGCCUUGGUGGGUUUGGAUGUUUUAAUAUCCAGCCCACACAGCAACAACAAGGAGGCCUGUUUGGCCAGCUGACACAGCAGCAGGGUCAGGCUCAGCCCACCCAGCUUUACCAGCAGGUCACCGCUCUGUCAGCCCCCACCCUGUUAGGAGAUGAACGGGACUCCAUACUUGCUAAGUGGAACCAGUUGCAGGCCUACUGGGGAACGGGGAAGGGCUACUAUGCUAACAACAACCCAUCAGUGGAGUUCACUCAGGAGAACCCUUUCUGCAGGUUCAAGGCUGUGGGCUAUAGCUGUGUCCCAGUAAGCAAGGAUGAAGAUGGUUUAGUGGUGUUGAUUCUGAAUAAAAAGGAACCUGACGUACGUGCUCAGCAGCAGCAGCUCGUUGAGUCGCUGCACAAGGUUCUGGGAAGCAACCAAACUCUGACCGUCAACGUAGAGGGUGUUAAAGCUCUGCCCAAUGAUCAGACAGAGGUGAUCGUUUAUGUCGUGGAACGUUCCCCCAAUGGCACCUCCAAGAGGAUCCCUGCUUCCACCCUCUUCGGCUUUCUGGAGCAGGCUAACAUUAAGGCUCAGCUCGCCCAGAUCGGAGUGGUCAUGUCGGUCACACGCACAGAGCUGUCCCCGGCACAGCUGAAGCAGCUGCUGCAAAACGCUCCAGCAGGAGUGGAUCCCAUCAUUUGGGAACAAGCCAAAGUGGACAACCCUGACCCAGAGAAGUUAAUCCCAGUACCCAUGGUUGGUUUUAAGGAGCUGCUCCGCAGAUUGCAGAUCCAGGAGCAGAUGACCAAACAGCACCAGACCAGGGUGGAUAUAAUCUCCAAUGAUGUCAGUGAGCUGCAGAAAAACCAGGCAACGACUGUAGCCAAGAUCGCUCAAUACAAGAGGAAACUGAUGGAUCUCUCUCACAGGGUCCUGCAGGUCCUGAUAAAGCAGGAGAUUCAGAGAAAAAGCGGCUACGCUAUCCAAGUGGACGAGGAGCAUCUCAGGGUGCAGCUGGACACCAUUCAGUCAGAACUCAAUGCACCCACACAGUUCAAGGGUCGAUUGAAUGAACUGAUGUCCCAAAUUCGAAUGCAGAACCACUUUGGAGCAGUGAGAUCAGAAGAGCGCUACAACGUCGAUGCAGACCUCCUCAGAGAAAUCAAACAACACUUAAAGCAACAACAAGAAGGUUUAAGUCACCUGAUCAGCGUCAUCAAAGAUGAUCUGGAAGACAUCAAACUCAUUGAACAUGGACUAAACGAUGGCGGCCACAUGAGGGGGGGCAUCUUGAGCUGAGGACACAUCCCUCCAACCUCAACAUGUGUUCAGACCUAUCGGCCUGAAAAGGAUCAAAUUUCACCUGAGAGGGAUAAACGAAUGUCUUAUUUUUUGAAGGUUUGGAUGAGUGGUUAUUCUCUACUGUCUGGACUGAGUUAGACAGCUUAAAGUAGACUCAACACGGUCUAAUCAAAGCUGGCUGCCCUCAUGUUAAAUCAGAUUAUUGAUAUGGGGCUAUAAAUGUGCCUGGAAAGUAAACAAGCUGCAGGAGUGUGUGCCACGAUAAAAAAAAAAAAAAAAAAAAAA